AUGGCUGACAGCGCGGAGCCCGCGGCUCCGGACGCCGGUCCCGCCGCGGCUCCGGACGCGGGUCUCGCCGCGGCCCCUCCGGACUCGCCGGUGCCGGAGCGGCGGGCGGGCGGCUCCCCUGGCGCGGGUGCGGCCAUGCCGCGGCUGCCGCUGGGCGGCCAGGGCGGGGCGGCGGGAAUGUCGCUGCCGCGGCUGGAGAAGCCGAUCAAGCAGGCCUUCUACAACACCGGGGCGCUGCUGUUUGCGGGGCUGUGUUGCGGCGCCGCCGUCCUCGUGUACUUCAUCCUGGAGGCGUUCCUGCGGCCGCUGCUCUGGGCCGUGCUCUGCGGAACCUUCCUGCACCCCUUCAAGACCUCGCUGACGGCGCUGGGGCGGCGCUGGCUGGGCCGCCUGCACCGCUCCCGCACCCCGGUGCUGCUGGCCGCCCUCCUGCUGCCCAUCUGCUUCGCCAACUACGGCGUGGAGGCGCUGGGCGAGCAGGUGCUGCGGCGGCGGCGGCUCCUGCUGCUGCUGGGCGCCGGGGGCCCGCUGCUCUACGGGCUCUACUGCCUGGGCAGCUCGCUGGGCGUGCAGGUGCUGCUGGCACAGGCCGCCCGCAUCAUCUGCCAGGGGCUCGACUACUUCAGCAGCCAGUGGAUAUGGACACUGGUAGUUGGUUACCUGCUGAUGGUUUCAUUCAAGUGGAAUAUAAGCACUGAACGUUACUUAAAAGCAAUCUCUGUUCCUGUCUGGAUUAUGCUGCUCUUUCACUUAGCUUCUGUGGCAGGUUCCUGGAGAAUUCCUGUAUUUCUGGUUAUAGUUGUUCUGAUGACAGUAGGCAUGUUGCAUGAACAGCAGAAUGGAAAGGAGUCUUCUGGGGCAGAGCUUCCUGGUCAGAUGAUUUCCAUUGCUGCUUCAACAAUUGCCAUGGCAAUUUCAAUGACAGAAGAUGAGUCCAAUAAUGAACAUUCCUCCCAACCCUCAGGAUCAACAGCAGAAAGUGAUCAGCCUCCACCUCCACGAGCUUCAUCAUCUUUCGGCACCUCCUCUUCAUCAUCUUCUGGGAACAGACAAAGAACUGAGAUUGGAUCUUUUCUUAGGAAAAAGAAAACUAGUGAUAUUUACUUUGUUACUCUUGUGUGGGCCAUUGUCAUUGUUCAGAUCUGGCUAAAUUUUUGGAUUGUGCAGCUGUUGCCAGUGCCAUUUGCAGUUUGGGCACUUAAAAAAUUCGUGGUUCAUUUUGGAGUUUUGAACUUCAUGGCAAAGCACUGCAAAAGUUGGUGGCAACUAGUGGAAAGUUUUGUGAAGGAACGUCAGGAAGCUCUUGCUCCACGGCCCAUCAGAGGACUUGGAAGUGUUAUGCUAAAGCUUGACAGUAAGCUGUGGCACUGGCUUAAUAAGAAGAUUAUCGUGUGGCUGGAGAAAAUGCUAGAUAAAAUAAUCAGCAUUUUCAUAAUAUUUGUGCUGGUGAUAGGAACCCUUCUGCUAGCUCUUCUCCUUACUGCAAAGGUACAUCAAGAGAGUGUUCACAUGAUUCAAGUCACAAGCAGCUUGAUCAAUGAGACAGUAGCCAGUCACCCAGAGUGGGCAAACUGGCUCCCAGAAGCCCAGGUCAUUCAGAAGGCACUCAAUUCUGCAGCCAACAAUGUAUACCAGUAUGGCCGAGAAUGGAUCACACACAAGCUCCAUAAGAUUUUAGGAGAAAAGGUAAAUAACACUGCUGUGAUUGAAAAACAAGUGCUGGAGCUCUGGGAUAGGCUUUAUCACUCUUGGUUUGUGAAGAAUGUAACACAUUCUGGAAGACACAAAGGACACAAGUGGCACAUAAACCGUCAGAACAGCUGGCUUGGAGAUAUUCUGGACUGGCAAGAUGUUGCAUCGUUUGUUCACGAUAACAUCGAAACGUUUCUCUCGAUCCUGGAGUCUCUGUGGAUAGUGAUGAGUCGCAAUGUGAGCCUCUUGUUUACUACGGUUACAGCAUUAGUGACAAUCCUCUUCCACAGUGGGACAGCUCUUCUCAAUUUUGUGCUUUCAGUGGUGAUUUUUCUGACCACGCUGUUCUACCUGUUAAGCUCCAGUGAUGAGUAUUACAAGCCAGUAAAAUGGGUGAUAAGCCUGACACCUUUGUCUCAGCCAGGUCCCUCCUCAAAUAUAGUUGGCCAAUCUGUGGAGGAAGCAAUAAGAGGUGUGUUUGAUGCUUCCCUCAAAAUGGCUGGGUUCUAUGGACUCUACACUUGGCUGACUCACACUAUAUUUGGGAUUAACAUAGUCUUCAUACCAUCUGCAUUAGCAGCAAUCCUUGGAGCAGUGCCAUUUCUGGGGACAUACUGGGCAGCAGUCCCUGCAGUCCUAGAUUUGUGGCUUGUGCAAGGACAGGGAUGCAAAGCCCUUCUGCUCUUGGUUUUUCACCUCUUGCCAACCUAUUUUGUAGAUACAGCAAUUUAUUCAGAUAUAUCAGGAGGGGGUCACCCUUACCUGACAGGCCUUGCAGUAGCUGGUGGAGCAUAUUACCUGGGACUGGAAGGGGCCAUCAUAGGACCAAUUCUCCUUUGUAUACUUGUGGUUGCUUCCAAUAUAUAUAGUGCCAUGUUGGUGAGUCCAACGAAUUCUGUGCCCACUCCAUCACAGGCAGCGUGGCCAUUACAGAUUUACCGGUCACCUAGAGAGAGCCCCGAGGAGGUGAAAAUGUCUGCAGAGUGAGGGAGGUGCUGGGCUGUACCUCUGCAACAGGAGGGAAUCGCUGUCUUCUGUCUUGGGUUCACAACAGCCACGGAUGGCCUUCUGUCCCUUCCCAGCUGUGCCUGGGGGCAGCUCACAGGGAAGCAUAGACUGGGUUUUAGGAGAAAGCACUAGAACAUCUGCUGGCCUUACAUUAUUGUGCACUUUGCCUCUUCCAGAGAGAAUGUCUACUUCCCAUGGCUUUGCAUACCAACACACAGUCAGCUGCCUUGUUGAAGACUUUGAAGACCUCUGUCUUAUCAAAAGAAUAGUUAAGAGGACAGGUACAUCCACUGGAGUCGUUAUCUUAUCUGCUGAAAUUACUAACUUGGCUUUUAUUUAUUGGAUUAUUUGUCUUAUUAAACUGUAGUAGCUUUAAAGAAAGCUGUAAUUCCAAAAUAUUUAUUUUUAGGCAAUCUGGUGGCAAAAGAAGGGCAAACCACUCAUUGUGAAAUGAAAGUAUAAUAUAAUAGUUUGCUUCUCCUCAAGGUGUUUCUUUAUAAGCUUCAACCAUCAUCUGUAAUUCAUAAUAACACUUAAAUAUUAUUCACUUACACGCACUGAAAUUUAAUGUUGUUAGAGACUGGUAUUUUAAAAAUCUUCCUGAUAUUUAUAGAAAUGCAAACUGUUAAAUGUGAGUUUUCCUCUUACUGACAUAGGAAGACUUGUUUAAAUAGUUGAAAUCUUGCCCCCAUUUUCAGCAAAAUCUGAUAAUAUUUUGCUGUUUAUCCACCCUCCCAGUGGAGUCAUCUUGUCAACUAAAUUUAAUCAAAGGCCUUAAGUGUUUUCAGACAGUAGUAAUGUAGAAUGGUCACAUCUCCUUCCAGUAACUGGAAGAAGUUUCAUGGGGAUUGUUUAAUGUUGGUUUUCAAAUGCUGUGGCUGAGUUCCAUUCACUUUUUAAACAAAUUUUACUACCAGAAAAAACGGGGAGAGAGCAUGGAUUUUGGUUUAGCUCAUUUGGGGCUUUUUAACCCUGUAAGCGUCUGGCCACAUAUCUUGCUGAGAUACAGGAUAUAUCUUAAUAUAUUAAGGUGCAUCUUAUUAAUAAGCAAAGAUCCUGAAUAUGUAAUUUUGCUUAAAAUGCAGCUUUGGUGACAUUUAAGGCCUUUUGUAUUGAUUGUCAAAGCAUUUUGACACAAUGGAUCUUUAUAAGUGGAUCCUUUUUGUAAAUGAGAAGUAGGGUUUUGGUAAAUAUUUCAUACUUGCACAGCUUUUCCACAAAUCCAGUGAGGCCCUAGUACAAAGUAGCAGAUGCACUUGCUUAACCAAAGAACCACCAUUCAGUUUCCAGUAACUCAAAUUGAUUUCAGAAUUUGAUUGAUAAUGAGUUGUACAAAAUAUAGGCAUGCCUUGUAUUUAUUUAUUGUUGACAGUAAUUCAAUGCUUGAAACAAAGGGAUCUUAUCCAGGGAUAAGGAUAUCUAAGAUAUGUGCACAAACAGCUUGCAGAUGUUUUACUUGAGUUCUGGAAGUGCUGACAGAUUUGGAAGGUUCUUUCUAUGAUAUUGUAUGUAUUUUUACAUUGUUUUGAAAAAUACAUUGCCAUGGAAGGUGAUUGGAAAGUACUCUGGUACUGAGAAAAGAAGAAAGUCCUGCUGUAGGUUUGCAAUAGAUAGGCUGCCUAACAAGACACAAAUACUCUGCUCCUCAGAUUUUCAAAAUAAGCUGCUGCAAUUUUACUGAUAAAAUUGUAUGUUUUAAAUGAGAGGGGUUAAGUAUGCUGUUUGUGCACACUUGCAGGUAUGUGCUUGAGGGACAGACUUGGGCUCAAUUUAGUAGGGUGACUCAGGUUUAUCAAAACAUGGAAACAUACCAUUUAAUAUUUUAAAUUCUGAAAGAUCUACACAUCAUUAACUGAAUAAGAAGAAUGUGUUGCUUGAAUCAAGUAUCUGUUUCAUCUCCUUGGUUUUGUGGCUCAUGGAAAAAGCUUAAGUGAAAGACAUUUUUAUAAUCGUUGGUGGCUAGGGUGGAGGAUGUGGGGAAACCUCAGGCUUUACUAAAAUACUCCUGCAACUUUCUAACCAGGUGGAAUGAGACCACCGUGAUAUUUAGGCAACUUCUUUAUUGUAUUACUUUUUUUUAGUUCACAGUUUUGCACUGAAUUGUUGUGUUUUUGUUGUAGCUUCUUGUAGACAGUAUUUAAAGCACCUCUUUGCUCACUGGUCAAAACAUGUUUAUUGUCCACAUUUGCUAUCCCAUUUUCUGAGACAAUCUUUCAUACUCCUGUGGUACUCGACUUGGUCAUUUUAAAGAGUCAUUAAAAUGCAUUAUUUUGUUUGGUUUUAA